AUGGCGCCGGCGACGGAAUUUCAGGGCUCCUUCCUAAGCCGAAUCAGCAUCCGCCGCAACCAGAUCGUCUCCAUGGAUGUCAAUCACGAGGCAGAGCUCGAGGAACUCGAAUGUUUCCAGAAACACGUAGCGGAUCGUUUCUCGGAGUUAAUCUCUCCAUCGCCGCCUCCUUCCUUCUCUUCCUCCUCCUCUCAGCCGUCUGAUCCGAUUCUCUCGAUCCCCUGGCUACUAAACCUCCUCGAUGCUUUCACGUCCUGCGAAACCGAGUUCAAGGCGAUUCUGACAACGACUCAGAUCUCAAAGUCUCCGUCUUUAGAGAGGGUUUUGCCGGAGAUGCUUGAUCGGAUUCUAAAGGCGCUGGAUAUCUGUAACGCCGUCGUCAACUGCAUUGAUUCCGUUAGACAGAGCCGGCGUCUAGCGGAGAUAGCCGUCACGGCGCUAAAACAACGGCCUUUAUGCGACGGAAGCGUCCGUAGAGCCAAGCGUGCGUUAACAAAUCUCCUCAUUGCCUUAAACGCCGAUGGUAAAGAUAGAAACGGCGGAAGUGGUGGGACCAGUAACCGAAGGACAACGUCACGGUCUUGGUCGUUCGGACAGAAGAGCAAUGUCUCCGGAGGAUCAUCUGGCCACGUCAGCAAGAAUUGGUCAGCGACGAAGCAGAUUCAGGCGAUGGUGGCUAAUCUGGUACUGCCACGUGGAGCAGAAGCGUCUGGACCGGCGAUGCCGGUAUACAUAAUGAGCAGUCUUAUGGUUCUUGUGAUGUGGGUGCUGGUGGCGGCAGUUCCUUACCAUACAAGCAGCGUUCUCGCGGCGCCGUUGCCGCUUCCGAAACACCAGAGCUGGGCUAGCGCCGCCGUGAACAUUCAGGAGAGGGUCGGUGAAGAGAUGAAACGGAAGGUGAAGCGUUGUGGUGGGUUUACAGGAGGACUGAUGGAGGAGAUGCAGAGUUUGGAAAGGAUUGGAUUGUCUUUACUGGAAUUUGCAGAGAGGUUUAAGUUUCCGGCGGAGGAAGAAGAGGAGGAGGAGGUUUCAGAGAAGGUGGAUGAGAUGGAGGAGGUUUGCCGGAGAAUGGAAGUUGGAUUAGAGGAUUUGCAGAGACAAGUGAGGGAAGUGUUCCACAGAUUGGCGAGAAGCAGGAUAGAGAUUGUUAAGCUGCUUGAACAAACUCCUGCAACAAUCUAA